AUGUUGCACAGCAGAUAUGCCUCAAGACAUCGGCACUACUGGAAAAGCCAGAAUAUCCCGUCUGAGCCAUUUUCCAUUGUCUUUGGCCCCACAUUGAAGAUGCUAUUUAAGCCACAGUUCAAGAUCGACCAUGAAAGGUACAUGAAACAUGGAAACUUUUUCGGCGCCUUUGAAGCGGGCAAGCCCGUUCUGUUUGUCGCGGAGCCUGAUCUUGUGAAACAAGUUCUAGUAAAGGAUUUCGCAGCUCUGCCAUACAGAAUGGACACAACGUUCACCGACCCUGUACUAAGCAGCAUGAUGAGCACUGCUAAAGGUGACCAGUGGCGCAAGGUUCGACGUGCCGCAAGCCCAGCCUUCUCUUCCGGAAAGCUAAGAAAGAUGACGUCUCUGGUAGAAAAAUGCGCUUACGUGACGCUUGAGCACCUCAAGAAGGCGGCUGCUAACGAAGAGGACAUCGACUUGAAAGAGUUUUAUGGCAAUUACUCUCUGGACGUAAUCGCAAGGUGUGCCUUCGCCACGGAACUGGACUCUUACAGUGACAACGCAAGUGAAUUUGUUAAAAAGACGAGAGAUUCUUUUUCCGGGCGCAUCUCACCGCGGAUAUUCUUCGUUCUUACAUUUCCAAGAAUCGCGAAACUGCUUGGAAUUCAGCUGAGUACCUCCGACACUUUCGAGUACUUCGUGCAAAUCUGCAAAACGAUAAUUAAAAAGAGGAAAGACAAGAAGGAGCGUCACGAUGACUUUCUCCAGUUGAUGAUGGACGCGCAGGCAGGAGAGCUCAAUGAUGCUGUUGAGAAUGUUUCCGCACGUGACGAAAAAUUGUUCAACCUUGGAUCAGACGUGCAAGUGGAUGCACCGGUUGGCGCAAAUAAGACGCUGACCGAAGACGAAGCGGUGGCCCAGUGCGUGCUGUUCCUAAUCGCCGGCCAAGACACGGUGUCAACUGCCAUAGCUCACACACUCUACCUACUCGCCAUCCAUCCUGAAGUACAAGCGAAGCUGAGAAAAGAAGUGGACGACUGCUUCGCGAAGGAGGGAGAACACCCAAACUUGGAUGCUGUAUCGAAGCUAAAGUACCUUCACUGUGUUGUCUCGGAGUCAUUGCGAAUACACCCUCCUUCGACGAGAAUUCAGCGAGCCGCAGACAGUGACUACGUUCUGAGCCACACUGGCGUAAAAGUAAAGAAAGGCGAUGCCAUUGCAAUCCCUAUUUACUCUAUGCAUCGCGACCCCCAAUAUUUCAGCAAUCCAUCAGUCUUUGACCCGGAAAGGUUCAACGACGAAAACGCCGCAUCCAUCCAGCCUUACACUUACCUCCCCUUCGGUGCUGGUCCGCGCAACUGCAUCGGCAUGCGCUUUGCUCUGCAGGCUGUAAAGCUCUCCGUGCUGCACACCAUUCGCAACGUUUGUUUGGUUCGCACUGCAAAAACAAAAGUUCCCCUGGAAUUUCACAGAAGCGCUUUCCUAACAGCGAAGGACAUCAUAGUAGGAAUAAGGAGACGAGAUGAUCAAGAUUCGCAAGUGUUUAAAUAUUAA